CUAAAUUUAUGUGAAACUAUUUAUUUUCUCAAUUUUAAUUAAUGAAUCUUGUUUCUUGACUAAAACAAAAUUAACGCCUGAAAGUAAGCGACUCGUUCAAAAAAAGCGCAAGAGUUUGUUACACUAAACAAACCCUACCUUCUUCCACAAGUCAUAUACAUCUCGCGUCUCCUUCUUCUCUCCUCCACCUCUACAACACAUUCUUUCCUCUGCUCUAUCGAGACUGCUCCAUCUCUUCAAUGGCAGAUCACAAAGAUCAACGCAUGAUAGAUCCUCUCGAAGAGGAUCCAACGUUCAUCCCAUCAACGAAGACAUCAAUGGCUGCAAAGUCGCUUCCUGGUUCUCACAAAGAGUCAAAGCCAGAGCUAGAAUCCAAUGACGAUGAAGACAUGAUAGAUCAAUUCGUAGAAGACUCCAAGAAACAGAAACUCAACGAACAACAAAGAAGAGCCUUUUACUCUGUUCUUCUUGCCUUCAGAGCUGAAACCUUGUCAUCAGGAAACAAGAGAACUCAGAUCAUAGAGAAGCUCAUGAGCGAGUGGAGUAUUGCUCAAGAAACUCUCGUCUCUUUUGAGGAUAACAUUGAGAAGAACCUUGUCGCCCAUCAAGAAAGGGUUGAUUCAGAAGCGAAGGAAACGAAAGAGAAGCCACUGACCAUAAGACUACCUGUAAAGCAGAGCGUUGAUUUGGGGCUUUUCAUAACAAAGUUGCAGGCAAAGAAACCAACACUGUGUUCGAGCUGGGGCAGAGUUAAUCCGGAGGCUCUAGUUGGAAGAAGGGUCUGUGUAAGAAUGCCUGGUGAAGAUGAGUUCGAAGUCUUGGUGAUCAAAGAGUUUAACGCUAAAGAUGGAACACAUCGCCUUGCGACUGUUGACCCGAACGUGAUGUGGUUGAAUGAAGCGUUAAGCUGGAUGGAUGUUAGGAAGGUUCCGGAUGAAGAUAUUAGAUGGAAAAAUGGAGAGAAGCCAGACUUUGAAACUCCUCCAGGAUCCGGUGCAGGACAAUGAUGAGUAUCAUCACUAUAAGCAUCUUAUGCACUUUGAUUGAUUGAGAUCUUUAGUACUUGUAAAAUAACCCAGAAACGGGUCAAGUCUACAUGUUGAUUCCAGUAGCGUCUUUUGUUAAUGGUUGCCUUAUUGCCAAACACUUGAUUGGUAUGUGAGGAUUGAAAAUAACGGUGGAACCUCUGCUUGACAUUCUGAUUUUAAUUGGUUUAGAAGAAAUCUUGCAGUCCUUUAGAUUAUCACAUAAAAAUAGGUAGCCAAUCAAACAUGCUUUGAUGCUUGUUCCCAUUUUUUUUUGUUGAAGCAAACUUGCAAGCAAUCAUGACCAAAACAUUCAUAAAUUCAUCAUAUCUAAGAUCACAUAUUGUGUUAGGGAUUGGCAGACAGAGAAGUCUUCUCACUCACCACCACAAACAUGACUAAUAACUACUUGUAAACAUCUUAGUUAAUAGAUCAAUUGCUUCCAGAUAGCUUUCUAGAUC